CAAAAAGUCAAUUUGAAAAAAAGAUAAAUUAUUAACCCUUUCCGUUCUGAUAGAGCAUUAAGAGAUAGAGAGAGUGAGACAGAGAAAGUCUCUAUAUCUCAGUACAACCCUGUAUUUUUUUUCUUUCCUUUCCUAGUUAAAAAGUCAUCCUGAGAAAUCAGUGAUGUCAAUCUCUUUCUUUCUACUACUUUUAUGCUUCAUCACAGUAUCUUUCACAUUACCCAUUACACCAGUAAUCAUAGAAGAUACUCAAUAUAGAUUGCCAGCACUUAUAAAUCAACCAGGUGUGAAACUUCUAGGAGAAGCCUGCUAUGAGAGUUUAUUAGAACGAUUUGAAAUUACAAAUAUCAGCUGCUUAAAAUUAGCAAUCUCAAAAGCAUUAGGGCUUGGUAUUGUCGUAGGAGGUGCUAUUGUAAAAAUUCCCCAAAUCAUUACCAUCCUAAGAGGUCGUUCAGCACAGGGUUUAUCACUUGCUUCUUUUGUAAUGGAGACCAGUGCUUAUGAAAUUGUUUUAAUCUACAACACACGACUGCAUAAUCCAUUCAGCACCUAUGGAGAAGUACUGUUUAUGACAGCUCAAAAUAUUUUGAUAUCUUUACUUAUUCCAUAUUAUCAAUCCCGCAAUUAUACCUAUAUGACGGGUCUAUUAUGCUAUUUCCUAGCUGGAUUUGCUUUUCUUGAAGUGAUACCUGCUUGGUUAAUGUCUUUGUUAUAUGCUUUACAGAUACCCAUUGGUUUAGCGAGCAAGAUACCACAAAUAAGAGCAAACUAUUUAAAUCAAUCGACUGGUCAGCUCUCUGUUUUUGCUGUACUCAAUUAUUUUGCGGGUACGACUGCUAGAGCCUUUACAACUUGGACAGAACUUGAUGAUCCCAUUAUGCUUGGAGGCAAUUUAUUGGCAAGCGUACUUAAUGGAGUAUUGGUAAUUCAAUUAAUCAUGUAUUGGAAGAAGCCACCGGUGCCAAAGGUUGACUGAGAAGGGGGAAAAAGAGAGAAAGAGAAACCAAAUUAAGUCGUACAUCCUUUACGUGCAUGCUCUUUAAAAAUGGGCUAUCCUUGCCGUUGACGUAUAAUCAUUUCAAAAUGAUAUCACUGGAUCCAAAAAAUGAAGCUUUUGCGCUCACUUGGAUCAUGUAAAUAAAGAGUAUGUUUAUAAAAACACAAUGUAUCAGAAUUUUUUUUCGAUGUACAAAAAGUUUGUGAAAAAGGUGUAAGCAUCAUCAAAUGGGUACGUAUCUGUGGCAAACUUUUACUCGGAAUUUUCUUUUCUUCUUGCUGAGGCCUAAAAAUCCCAUACAUAACCUAAUGUAUACUACAGGCCAGGCUAGGGUAUACAGAUAGGUGAUACUGCAAAGUGGGUCUGAU